AUGUCCAAUCAGAGGAGCAGGAAGAGGAGCAGCGAGGAAAUCUAUUACAGCGCCAGUGAGGAACUAGAGAUGUUUGCAGAGCAGACAGGCCAGGUUCCCAGGAAAAGGAGCAGAGAGGAGGAACAAGGGAGCUCUGCUGAGCAGACAGGCCAGACUCCCAGGAAGAGGAGCAGCGAGGAAAUCUAUUACAGCGCCAGUGAGAAACUAGAGAUGUUUGCAGAGCAGACAGUCCAGGUUCCCAGGAAGAGGAGCAGAGAGGAGGAACAAGGGAGCUCCACUGAGCAGGCAGACCAGACUCCCAGGAAGAGGAGCAGAGAGGAGGAAGAAGGGAGCUCUGCUGAGCAGACAGGCCAGACUCCCAGGAAAGGGAGCAGAGAGGAGGAAGAAGGGAGCUCUACUGAGCAGACAGGCCAGACUCCCAGGAAGAGGAGCAGAGAGGACAAAGAAGGGAGCUCUGCUGAGCAGGCAGGCCAGACUCCCAGGAAAAGGAGCAGAGAGGAGGAAGAAGGGAGCUCUGCUGAGCAGACAGGCCAGACUCCCAGGAAGCAAAGCAAAUGUUACACAGCCAGUGAGGAUCUCCAGAGCUGUGCAGAGAGGAAAGGAGAGAAGAGGAGAUGGUCCCAGGACACAGAAUGUGAGAGCCAUCUGAGGAAGAGGAGGAGGAGUGACGGAGGAGCAGACGACGGGACGUCAGAAUGUGUAGCGGGCCCUACAGAACAUGUAGCGGGCCCUAUGGAAACCGUAGCGGGCCCUACAAAACGUGUAGCGGCUCCUAAAAGACACAAAGAGACCAACUUGACUCCGGAGAGUUUCAUCUUCCAUGAGAUACUUGGAUCAGGAGCCUUUGGGACGGUGCUGUUGGCGACUCACAUUGCCAGCGGCAUGCUGGUGGCCGUGAAGAUCGUUCAGAAGUAUCAAUUAGUUUCAUUCGGCGAAGACUUUGCCCUGUGUGAGCGUCGUUCCCUAGAGAGGGUGGGGGGCAGCCAUUACUGUACCCACGCCUACGCCACAUUCCAGACGGAGAACCAACUCUUCUAUGUCAUGGAAUAUCUAAGCGGAGGACAUCUAAAGGAAGCGAAUGAAACAUGUAACAUCGUCACCCUCAGACUGGCCGCAGCGGAGCUCGUGUGUGGUCUGGAGUUUAUCCACUCCAGAGGUAUCAUACACAGAGACCUGAAGCUUGACAACAUCCUCAUAGAUAGCACCGGUCACAUCAAAAUCGCAGACUUCGGAAUUGCAACUCUGUUCACGCCCGAAAGCGAGAUGCCGUUUGACCAAGCGAUGGAUUAUUUCAGGUUGGGGGACAUUUUAAGUGACAUGGCCUUCGGUACUUUUUCAAACUUCAUUCCACGUGACCAUUCCAUUAACUAUGCGGCCUACACCGACUUCAAGGACCUGCUGAAAAAGCUCAAGGACGGAGACAGAGAGCGGCGCAAAGCGGCCUUCAAGAACAUCAGAAAUCACCCGUUUUUCAGAGGACUAAACUGGGAGGAGGUGGAGGCGAGAGAGACACGCCCCCCGUUCUUUGUACGUCGAAAGGGCCUCAGACACAUUACAAGGCAGAAGAUACCACUGGAUGUCCUCCUAAACGAUAAGAACAUUCCAGACGAGAAGCAGAAGCUAUACGAUGGCUUUUCAUUUGAGAGUGAUCAAUGGAGAGUCAUACAGAAGCUGAACUGA